AUGAGGCCGGAUGCAGCCGAGUUCUAUCCGACUUCCCACUCUUCCACCUCUCCUGCCUCACACUGCUUCUCCUACUCGCCUGCAGCUCGAACGCCCGCGCCGGCGGCGGCCGCCCAGGCCUCUCCGGUCGCUGCCUCGCCCCUUUGCACCGCGUCGCCGGCGCCUUCGUCCUCAGCUGCUCGCCAGCUGUCUCUUCCGUCGCUGUCGCCCUCUCCCGCCGCUGCCUCCUUCGGGCCUGCAUCCGCCGCUAGCCAAGAAAAUGAGCGAGCGCCGCGAGGGGGUCGGCGCACGCGCGGCGGGGGGGCGACGCGGGGUAGCGGCGCCCACGUGAUUCCUCCGCAUCACCUCUUCACAUACAAACUGUACAGUAAGCCUUCGUCGGCUUCGCGGGGCGGCGGAGGCGACAGAGGAGACAGCAGCUACUCCAGAGGAAACUGGCGCGCCAACAUGGGACAUACGCAGCAGCAACUCUUCGCGAAGGAACGCUUCGUGCUCGCGAACUGCCGCGUUCUUGUUUCCUCGGAGGAGGACGCCAAAGAAGCGUUGUACAAUCCAGACGCGCUCGUGGACUGGGGGCACGUGGUGCGCGUGGAGAUGUCCAGCAGCGCCGAGGACCCCGUCAGCUGCCCGUUCUGCCUGGAACAGCCCGAGUCGAUGCUGGCGCCCGCCGUCGCAAAGUGCGGACACAUCUUUUGCACACCGUGCGUGUUGCGCUACUUCGACGUCCUCGCGCGCCAGCAGCAGGCGAGCAAGGCGCAGCACGGGGGGCGCUCCUGGCAGCGCUGUCCGCUCUGCUUCGAGCCCGUCGCAAGAAAGGACCUCCGCCCAGCUCUCGUCCACCAAGUAGUUCCCCCGCGUGUGGGCUCGCGAGCGACGUUCUGUCUCCUCUCGCGCCCUGCUUCGUCCAUGGCAGUGUCUCUCGCGUUGCCAUUUGUGCGAGCGGCGCGCGAGGCGUGCCAGGCAAAGCUUGUGCUGGAGACGGCGCCCGAUGCAAGCUCGGAGGCGGCGGAGGGAACAGGCGCGGCACCUGUUCCCUCCCGAGAGGCGGCCGCUGUCGGGGCGUCCGCCCCCGCGCCGGCGGCGAGUUCGUGCUCGGCCGCUGGCACGAUUCGCGGCGAGGAAGCAGAGGACGACAGCGCUGACGAAAAAGGCGAUGCGUUCCACGCGGCCUUCGCCCACAACUUCUUGCCUCUUCAGUGCCCCGCGUGCGCGACAGAAGGCGCGGCGCGGAAAAACGCGCGCCGCCGAAAGGUUCACGCGACGGCGCUAGGGCAGGUGGUGGACUCCGCGGAAGCAGGCGCACCCGCCGGUAUAAGUCAAGAGGGCUGGAAGGCGAUGUCGCGUGCGUCGAAUCCGUCUUCUCGUGGCAUGACAAGACGCCUCUGUGGCGCCUGCCUGGCAGCGAUCCCGACAGCCAAGUCUGCCUCGGACUCGGCAGCGGCGGCCCCGUGCCCUGCUCCACCGUCCUCCUCUCCUGCGGGAGAGAAGACUUGCGGGCGCGCCGGCGAUAAGGGUCAGCCAACUCCCCAAAGCGAAAAGCCGACGCACGCGCUGCCUUGCGAGAGAACUCUCGGCGUUCACUUCGCUCGCAUCGCCUUGACGCACGCGCCGGCGCUGCCUUGGGAAUGUCAUCUGCGGCAACUCGGCGAAGCGAGGCGACGAGAUAACCCGCGGGGCGAGGCGUGCGGCGCACCGGCGGACGCAGCGAGCCUGCGAGCGCUGGAGAUGGCCGAAGAAUUCACUUUAAUGAAGCGAGACGAGGCGACUGGCGGGCUGUGCUGCGCGUGCGCCGACCCCCUCCAGCCGCCCGCGCCUGCGGCUGAGUUUCCUGACGCUUCGCCGCCGGCGGCCGCGGAUUCUGAGUUUCGUUCGCUUGACUCAGCAGACAAAGAUAGGCGAGAAAACCGUGCGGACGGGGAGGAAACAAACCCGCCCGCAGGUGAACUCGAGGCGCUGGACUGGUACUUGCGAGGCACUCAAGACUUUGAGCGCUUAGUCGAUGGCAUCCAGCGCCUGAAGGACACGCGUCGCCUGCUGCGGCCGCAGAGACGCGCGAACGAGAAGGAAGCGGCUCCAGGCAGCGGGUCUGCGGCGGGCUCUGCGAGAGAGGCUGAAAGUGAAGGCACUUCUUCUUCCGCCGCGCCUUCGCCAUGUCUUUCUUCCUCUCCCUCCCCCGUGUCGCUGCGCCUCGAACCCUGCGACCGCGAAGCAGGACACCAGCCCGAUCUUCCUCUCCUUCCAGAGAGCCAUGCCGAAGCUCUGCCGCCGUCUUCUUCCUCUAGGGUCGGCGUGAUGUGCGCGGAGGGCGCCCGCAAUAAGAGCGAGAAAGGGAAGGGCGGAGGCCCUUUGGCGCUGUCGGAGUUCUACUUCUACCAAGCGGCAGACGGGCAGCUCUGCUUCGUCCAUCCCUUCUUUGUCAAGUGUUUGCUUCACGAGGCAGGGGGCGACGAGGCUCUCUUGCCUCCAAUCCUUCGCGAGGUCCCUGUGCGCGACGUCCAGACGAUCUCCAUCGAUGAGCAGCUUCGGAGGCGAUUCAAAUGCUUGGCGCACUUGCCUCAAAUGGCGCAGGCGUCCCUAGUCGAUGUUGAUCUCCGCUCGAUGCUUUCUCCGGCGACCGCGCGCGUUUUCAAGGAGGACUUCCGGCGGCGUGCGGCGAGUCGGCGCGAGCGCUUGCUCCAGGAGGAGCGCGAGGCUGCGGCGGCUGCCUCGGCCUCGCACGCGGCCUCGCACUCGUCCAGCUUCUCCGCUCGCCCGUUCCGCUUUGCGCCAGCGGAGCCGCUCCACCCGCCGGCGGACUGCAGUCCCCAGACGUUUCCUUCGCUGCCCGGGCGCGACGCGUCGCCCACAGAGCCUCAGGGGGGGGGCGGCGACGCGACCGCACAGGGCGAGGAGAAGGAGGAAACGGAGCGCGAGGGGCGGCGCGGGCGCGAGCGGGAGCGGGAAAAGGGCGAGGCCCGCGGAGACCGCGGCGCGUUUUCCUUCGCGGCCGUCGUCCGCAGGAAAGAAGAGGAGCAGAGACGCCUGGCAGAACAGAGACGCCAGCAGGAACAUUUCCCUUCUCUUGGCGCGUCGGUGGGACCAGCUCUCCUUCGCGAGGAGGCUUCCAGAGCUCCUCCUCCCCCCGCGGCGAGUCGCUGGGCGGCGCGAGCGACCGCGACCGCGCGGACGCCGUGGGGGGUCGCGUCAGGGGUCGCCGCCAGAGGCGCAGCGCGAGGGAGCAGGGGCGGAGUCAAGCGCGAAGGGGCCGACGGCCUCGCAGACCUCAACGAAGACGCCCUCCCGCCGCGAGCCGGGGGCUGCAGCCUCGGGGAAGUGCUUAUCUUCCAAGCGACGAAAAGGAAUGCAAAGGGCAAGCAGAAAGCUGAGAAAUCGAAGGAGACAGUGUGCAAGGCGCCGUAG